AUGGACGAUGAACAACAGAGAAGAAGAGAAGAAUGUGAACGGAAAGCAAGAAGGGGGGAAAUGGACCCCCGUCUUGAAUUUACCUUUCAGUUGUUAAUUGAUGGUACUUGUUUGCCCAGACAUCAAAUUAUGGACCAUAUUUUUGAGGGUGAUAUGCUGGAUGAAAUUAAUCAAUUAUUUUUACCAAAUAUGAAAAGUAGUUUGAUGUGGUUUUAUCAGGAAGUAGAUGAACCAGAGCCUACACCAUCAGUGGAUACAAAUAAGCCAGGACCAUCAAGAUCUGGUGUUUCAACCGUGUCAAAAACUCCUUUAGGUACCACACCAACUGGUGUUGAAAAGAAGAAAAAACUUUUCUUGACAGACGGUUGGUCAUGUCCCUUAAGUGGGGUUUGCAUAUAUAUGUUACGAUUGAACACCUACAAGCAACUGCCAGAAGAAGGAUUUCAGAAGGAUUUAUAUUGUGGUAUAAUUAAUGCCAAAGGUAUCGGUCUAAUAACAUCAAUAGAGCGUAUAGUUGAACAUGUUUUUAUGCAAGCUUUAGCAUUUCCAAGUAAUGAAUCAGAAGAAGAAGAUGUUAGUUGUAGUUUGAUCAAAAGCCAAUUGCUACCAGGUUUAAGAUCAUUUUGCAGUGCCUUGCGAGUAUGCGAAGAAGUUGUUAAUAAUGUCAAUAUCUUCAAUGAUGGUAAUGAUCAAUUUGAAGCAGUCGACUCAUUAAUUGAAGUAUGCGAAAUGUCUAAGGAACAAGAAGUUUGCACUGUACUUGAAGAACGCGUUACCAAUUGGGUUAAAGGUAUAAUGAAAGUUUUAGGCGAAAGUGAACAAUUACGUCGAGAGAAUGAUUCAAGUGGACCUCAAGAUGAAUUAGAAUAUUGGAAGAAGCGUGGUGCAUUAUUUUCACAAUUAUUGACUUUUAUGACAGAAAAAGAAGUUCAGUACACUCUUUAUUGUUUAUCAAAAGCUAAUUCAAAAGUAAUGAAAACGUGGAAGGAAACAGAUAAAAAAAUCACGUUUUGCUAUAAUGAGGCAAAGGAUAAUUCAAAGUUUAUUCAGGCUAUGGAAAAUUGUUGUCAUUCUUUGUAUCUUGAUGACCCGGUUAAUAUGAAAGAAUCAAUUUUAAGUCUUCUGCAAACUGUUCGUUUAAUUUACAGUGUCUCACAAUUUUACAAUACGUCUGAACGCACUUCAGCUUUAAUGGUUAAGAUCACAAAUCAAAUGAUAGAAACUUGUAAGUCAUACAUCACGUGUCGCUGCAAAGAAACAAUUUGGUCACAGGAUCGCAAUAUUGUGCGCACAAAACUAAAUAAUUGCAUUAAAUUGAAUCAUAUUUAUCACGAAACUUAUUAUGCUGUACGUGAACAACCAUUUCUACCAAAUCAAACACCAUUUGGUUUCUCUGAAAAUUUCGUUUUUGGUAAAUUCGACACAUUUUGUGAACGUUUAUCAAAAAUCAUAUCAAUGUUUAAUUUAAUCGAUGACUAUAAUCAUUUGUUUGAACGUCGUCUUGAAGGUUUAUUACUUGGUGAGGCACUUGAGGAAGCUAUGGCAACAUUUGAAGAUGCCAAAAAAGAAAUAAUAUCAAAAAAAUAUGAUUAUCUAGAUCAUCGUAAUAAUGAUUUUAAUGCUGAUUAUGAUCGUUUUAUUGGUAAAACCGAUAAUUUAAAAGAGUCAAUUGGUACAAUGAUUGAAAAAAAUUUCGAUACGGUAUGGGAGACACCACAAUGUAUAAGAUUUUUAAUACGCUUUGAGAAAGUCAGUGAAAAAAUUCCAUUAUCGAAUAUGGAAGAUAAAUAUCAAAGAAUUUUAAAAUAUUGUGGUACUGAAGUUGAUCGCAUAUUAAAAUUAUUUCGUAAACAACGAGAUGAUCCACCAAUACCACGAAAUUUUCCACCAAUUGCUGGUCGUAUAAAAUGGUGCUUUUCAUUAGAUGCACAUUUAACUGAAUUAAUGACGAGUGUCACAACACAUCCAGUAUUACAAACUUUACCAACAACAAAAGAUUUGGAAAAUCGUUACAGUUCAGUGAAGUCAACUUUGGCUGAAUAUCAUCAAGAGAUUGUUUCUAUAUGGCUAGAUCAGGAUGUCGCAGUUGCUGAUGGCUGUUUAUUACAACCCGUACUCAUAUUGCAAGGCGAUAAACUAUUUGUGAAUUUACAUCCUACAAUCCCACUAUUAAUAAGAGAGGCGAAAUGUUUAUCAAAAUUAAACAUUGAAUUACCAAUCGUUGCUGCAACAUUAAUGUGUCGUCAGGAUUAUUUUACUACAAUACAGGAUUCCUUAAAUAGUCUUAUUAAAAUGUUUUUUUCAACUGUAAAGACCGUAAAAUUAGAAGUUCGUCCAUUAUUUUUGCCACAACUUGUCCGUUUAACGACAAUGCUUCGGCCAGGACUAGUAACGAUAAAUUGGACUGACCCAGAGUGGGUGAAUUUUUACGAAAGAUGUAAAAAAGCAAUUGAAACAUUUGAUGUUCUUGUUGAUCGGGUACAUGACAUUUAUUCUAAUCGAAUUUUAAAUGUUUUAUUGUCGAUGCAAGAUGUUAAUUUGCCAGUUUUACCAAAUGAUGAUGAAGUAUGGACAACUGAAGAAUUUUUGGAAAGAAGCGAAAUAGCAUCUAGAUGUGCUGCUAUUGAACUGAAUCGUAAAAGUCAAAUGGUAUCUGAAGCUGUUGAAGAAGUUCUUAAUCUUGUCGAUAAAGCAACAGAUACUUUUAAAGAAAUAGCAGGAGAUGAUGUUGUUACACUCUUCGAUGCUGCUGCAAAAGACCAACAAUCAGCUGGAAAAGGAGGUGAUGAGAAAACAGAGGGCAAUCAGCAACAGGAUUGGAGUAUACUGUGGUCUUGUUUUGAAAAUCCUUUGCAAUUAUUAUCGGCUGCUGAAAAUUUACCAAAGGGAAUGCAGGACAUGGUUUGUAAUGCAGUUGUCGAAAUGAGACGUUAUUACAGUCGAAAAGUGAUUGAUGUUUUAAUAAAAGUUAUAAGAGCUGCUCUUGAUGCAAUACGUAAACGUUUUGGUUCUGAAUCAGAUGAACCAGUACAAAAACCAAUAUUUUUAGUAAAUGCUGUCCUUCUUAUACCAAAUGUUGUUAUUAAACCAAAUUUAGAUGAUUUACAAGAAGUUUUGAUAACCGCCGGUAAGAAUGUUACUGGUAUUGCAAAAGGUGUUGCACAAUGGACAAUUUCUAGAGAAAAUCAACCAACCGAAGCUGCAAAUAAACGUGAUAAACGUGAUAAACAAGAUGAUAAAAGAAUGAAACGUCGAAAACUUUAUGGUUUACUAAGUGAAGAUAAGCCAACAAUACCACACAUGUCAAAAAACUUUUAUAGUGCUAUAAUGGAAAAUAAAGAAGUUGUCAAAACAUUAUCAUUACUUUCGACCUGCACAAGGAAUAUAAAACCUGAUAUACAGGCUUUUAUAAAAAGAUGGAAACCAUAUCACUUUUUGUGGAAGAAUGAACGAACAACAAGGCAACUUAUGGAGUAUGGUUUGCUUGAAUUCGAAUCAACUUUGAGGUGCUUAGCAGAUCUUGAUUCAAAUUUAUUGGUAGAACCAGAUAUGGAAAGUGUUGGACAAUGUAUUGCAAUUUGUAAUGAAAAGUUAAAAUUAGGUUUGAGUGUUGAAAUUAAAUCAUGCAAUCAUAAAAUCGGACAAGCAAUGAAAAAGAAAUAUAAAAAAGAAAUGGAUUAUGUUUAUGCUGUUAUCAAUGAAAUGAACAGAAAAUUAGACCGAACUAUACGAGAUCUAGACGAUGUUCGAAUGAUAAUGGAAACACUAGGCAAAAUUCGAGAACAAGAAGUUGAUAUGGAAAUGAAAAUUGAUCCAAUAGAGGAAGCAUUCAACGUCCUGACACGUUACGAGGUUCAAGUAGAGCGUGAACAAUACGAUCAAGUCGAUAAUUUGCGUUACACAUUCCAAAAUUUACAAACUGCUGCAAUGCAAGCGCAACUUAAAUUGCUUGAAAUGCAACCAAGUUUCCAGAGUGAAUUAAAAACAAACUUAGAACGCUUUAAACAAGAUAAAUGUGAAUACGUUAAUGAGUAUAGAAAUGCUGGUCCUAUGCAACCUGGUCUAUCUCCACGUGAAGCAUCAGAUCGUUUGAUAUUGUUUCAAAAUCGUUUUGAGGGACUGUGGAGACGACUACAAACCUAUCAAAGUGGGGAAGAAUUAUUUGGACUUCCUCAAACUGAUUAUCCAGAAUUAGGACAAAUAAGGAAGGAAUUGAAUUUAUUGCAAAAAUUAUAUAAAUUGUACAAUGAUGUUAUUGACAGAGUCAGUAGCUACUAUGAUAUUCCUUGGAAUGAAGUUGAUAUUGAAGAAAUUAAUAAUGAACUAAUGGAAUUCCAGAAUCGUUGCCGUAAACUACCGAAAGGUUUGAAAGAGUGGCCAGCAUUCCAUGCUCUUAAGAAAACAAUUGAUGAUUUCAAUGAUAUGUGUCCUCUGCUUGAGCUUAUGGCGAAUAAAGCAAUGAAACCUCGUCACUGGCAACGUAUCAUGGACGUAACCAAAUAUACAUUUGAGUUCGAUAGUGAAGGCUUCUCUCUUAAAAAUAUAUUAGAGGCACCACUUUUGAAGCAUAAGGAAGAUAUUGAAGAUAUUUGUAUUUCAGCUAUGAAAGAAAAGGAUAUUGAAGCUAAAUUGAAGCAAGUUACUAAUGAAUGGUCGGUUCACGAGCUACAAUUUAUGAGUUUCAAUAAUAGAGGCGAAUUAUUAUUGAGAGGUGAUACAACAGCUGAAACCAUUGGUCAGCUUGAAGAUAGUCUUAUGGUAUUAGGUUCAUUGUUAUCAAAUAGAUACAAUGCACCGUUUCGUAAACAAAUUCAACAAUGGGUAUAUGACUUAUCUAAUUCUAAUGAAAUUCUUGAACGUUGGUUAUUAGUACAAAAUAUGUGGGUUUAUUUGGAAGCUGUCUUUGUAGGUGGUGACAUUGCAAAACAACUACCAAAGGAAGCUAAACGUUUUUCAAAAAUUGAUAAAUCUUGGCAGAAAAUCAUGCAACGCGCUCACGAAACACCAGGUGUUGUGGCAUGUUGCGUAGGCGAUGAUCUUUUAAAACAGUUACUACCACAUUUGCAGGAGCAAUUGGAAAUUUGUCAAAAAUCUUUAAGCGGCUACUUAGAAAGAAAAAGAAUGAUGUUUCCCAGAUUUUUCUUUGUUUCGGAUCCCGCUUUACUUGAAAUUUUAGGUCAAGCGUCAGACUCUCACACAAUACAAAAUCAUUUGUUGUCAAUUUUUGAUAAUACAAGAUAUGUUAAAUUUCACGACAUUGAAUAUAAUAAAAUGAUGGCGAUAGUUUCAAGUGAAGGUGAAAUGAUAAUGUUAGAUAGAGCAGUUCGUGCUGAAGGUUCGGUAGAAACAUGGCUUACACAAUUAUUAGUUACAGCACAAGCAAGCUUACAUUCAAUCAUAAGAUCAGCUUAUAUAAGUAUAAAUGAUCCAAAUUUUGCCCUUCUGAGUUUUUUGGAAAAAAUGCAAGCACAAGUGGGAAUUUUGGGGAUACAAAUGAUAUGGACAAGAGAUGCUGAGUUGGCAUUAAUGCAAGCAAGACAUGAAAAAAAAGUGAUGCCUGAAACCAAUAACAAAUUUUUAGAAUUAUUGAAUACGCUAAUUGAUCAAACAACAAGAGAUUUAACAAAAAUCGAAAGAAUAAAAUUUGAAACUUUAAUUACAAUCCAUGUUCAUCAAAGAGAUAUUUUCGAUAUUUUGUGUCGUAUGAAUAUAAGAUCAGCAAAUGAUUUUGAGUGGAUAAAACAAAGUCGGUUCUAUUUUAAAGAGGAUUUAGAUAAAACAUGGAUUUCCAUAACUGAUGUUACAUUUGCAUAUCAGAAUGAAUAUUUAGGAUGCACUGAAAGACUUGUAAUUACCCCGCUUACCGAUAGAUGUUAUAUUACACUGGCCCAAGCGUUAACAUUGAGUAUGGGUGGUAGUCCUUGUGGUCCCGCAGGUACAGGUAAAACGGAAACUGUUAAAGAUAUGGGGAAAACAUUAGCUAAAUAUGUUGUUGUAUUUAACUGUUCCGAUCAAAUGGAUUACAGAGGAUUAGGUCGCAUUUACAAAGGAUUAUCACAAUCCGGUUCAUGGGGAUGUUUUGAUGAGUUCAAUCGAAUUGAAUUACCUGUAUUAUCAGUUGCUGCUCAACAGGUUGCUGUUGUAUUAACGGCGAAAAAAGAAAAAAAGAAACAAUUAAUUUUUACGGACGGCGAUACAAUCGACAUGAAUCCUGAGUUUGGUAUUUUUAUUACAAUGAAUCCAGGAUAUGCGGGUCGUCAAGAAUUACCAGAAAAUUUAAAAAUUCAGUUUCGUACUGUUGCAAUGAUGGUACCAGAUCGUCAAAUUAUUAUUCGUGUUAAAUUAGCAUCAUGUGGAUUUCUUGAAAAUAUAACAUUGGCGAGAAAAUUUUAUACAUUAUAUAAAUUAUGUGAAGAACAAUUAACAAAACAAGUACAUUAUGAUUUUGGUUUAAGAAAUAUUUUAUCAGUUUUAAGGACAUUGGGUGCUGCAAAACGUAAAAAUUCUAAAGAUACUGAAAGUACAAUUGUUAUGAGAGUUUUAAGAGAUAUGAAUUUAUCAAAAUUAAUUGAUGAAGAUGAACCGUUAUUUAUGUCUUUAGUAACAGAUUUGUUUCCCAAUCAGCAAUUGGAGAAAACAAAUUAUCCUGAAUUGGAGGGAGCUAUAGCCCAACAAUGUGAAGAAAAUCAAUUAGUAUUCCAUCCACCGUGGGUACUUAAAUUAAUUCAACUUUAUGAGACUCAAACCGUUCGUCAUGGUAUCAUGACUUUAGGACCCAGUGGUGCCGGUAAAACAACUUGUAUCCAAAUUUUGAUGAAAUCUUUAACUCAGCUUGGUGAUGCUCACCGGGAAAUGCGGAUGAAUCCAAAAGCAAUAACUUCAGCUCAAAUGUUUGGGCGCUUAGAUGUAGCAACAAAUGAUUGGACGGACGGUAUUUUUUCAGCUUUAUGGAGAAAAACCCUUAAAAUAAAGAAAGGAGAUCAUGUUUGGUUGGUCCUGGAUGGCCCCGUAGACUCUAUAUGGAUUGAAAAUUUAAACUCAGUGUUAGACGAUAAUAAAACUUUGACAUUAGCUAAUGGUGAUCGAUUAUCAAUGGCGGAAACUUGUAAAAUUAUUUUUGAACCCCAUAAUAUUGACAACGCAUCACCAGCUACUGUCUCACGUAAUGGAAUGGUUUAUAUGAGCUCGUCGGGCUUAGAUUGGGAACCAAUAUUACAUGCUUGGUUAAAAGGAAGAUCCCCUGGAGAAAAAGCAGUUUUUAGUGAACUAUUUAAAAAAUCAUUUAUUAUAGUUUAUAAUUGGGGAACACAAAACCUGCGGUUACGUAUGGAUGUUUUGCAAUUUAAUAUUGUAAAACAAAUGCUCUUACUUAUUGAAGGAUUGAUACCAACGAAAAAAGAAGAUGAAGCUGCCGUUAGUAUGUCAAGUCAAGAUUCAAUGGAAGAGGAUAAUUUAGAAGAAGCAAAACCUGAAGAAAAAGAAGAUCUUUGUACACCGGAACAUCUUCAUCGACUUUAUAUAUUUGCCCUUACGUGGGGCUUAGGAGCCUUUCUUAGUAUUGAAGAUCAACAAAAACUCGACUCUUUUGUUAAAGAAAGUUUCCCGGAGCUAGACUUUCCAAGAAAAGAGGAUGAUCCAGCAAACUCCAUUUUUGAUUAUUUUGUUACAACAACGGGUAGUUGGCAAACUUGGAAAACUCUUGUUACACCAUAUUUGUAUCCGGAAUUGGCAACUCCGGAUUAUUUAAAUAUUUUGGUACCUAUUAUAGACAACGUCCGUAUUGAUUUUCUUAUUUCAACUAUUGCAAAUAAAGAGAAAGCUGUCAUGUUGAUUGGAGAACAGGGUACUGGAAAGACUGUUAUGAUUAAAAAUUUUAUGCGUAAAAUGAAUGUUGAGACCCAUAUGAAUCGUUCAUUUAAUUUUUCUUCAGCUACAAGUCCUUAUCAGUUUCAAAAAACUAUUGAAAGUUAUGUUGAAAAACGUGUUGGAGCGACAUUUGGCCCACCAGGUGGACGUAAGCUUGUUGUGUUUAUAGACGAUAUAAAUUUACCUGAAAUAAAUUGUUGGGGUGAUCAAAUAACUAACGAAAUAGUUCGCCAAACAAUGGAUAUGAAAGGAUUUUACAGUUUGGAAAAGCCUGGAGAUUUUACAAGCAUAAUGGAUGUUCAAUUUGUUGCUGCUAUGGGUUUACCUGGUGGUGGCCGAAAUGAUAUUCCGUCGAGAUUAAAACGGCAAUAUAGUAUUUUUAACUGUAACAUCCCUGACGAUGAAUCAAUUGAUAAAAUUUUUCGAGCCUUAGGAGAAGGUCAUUAUAAUGCAAAACGCGGUUUUACAAAUGAAGUACGAAAUCUUGUUAAGAGAUUAAUUCCACUAACUAGAUAUCUAUGGUUAAGAACAAGAAAUAAAUUAUUACCAACACCAGCGAAAUUUCAUUAUGUUUUUAAUUUAAGAGACUUGUCUAGGAUAUGGCAAGGAAUGAUUGGAACUUUGUCGACUGUAAUAACAUCAGAAGGUGUUUUAAUGCAGCUCUGGAAACAUGAAUGCACCCGAGUUUUUGCUGAUAGAUUCACAAUAUUUCAAGAUAAAGAAUGGUUCCGUACAGAAUUGGUAGUGUUAGUAGGCGACGAACUAGGUGAAAGUUAUAGAGAAACGGUUGCAGCAAAUCCUGUAUUUGUUGAUUUCAUGCGAGAUGCUCCUGAACCAACAGGCGAAGAAGGCGAAGAUGCAGAUAUGGAGUUACCUAAAGUAUAUGAACCAGUGCUUUCCCAUGAUAUUUUAAGAGAGCGUUUAAUAAUGUUUUUGGCGCAAUUUAACGAAAUGGUUCGAGGUUCCGGAAUGGAUUUAGUAUUUUUUCCAGAUGCAAUGUUACAUUUGGUAAAAAUAUCUCGGAUCAUUCGUCAUCCUAGAGGUAAUUGUAUGUUGGUUGGUGUUGGUGGUUCAGGUAAACAAUCACUAACAAAAUUAGCUUCGUUUAUUGCUGGCUAUAAAACUUUUCAAAUAAGUUUGACACGAUCUUAUAAUGUUGCGAAUUUCCUUGAAGAUUUAAAGCUACUGUAUCGAACUUGUGGUGUGCAAGGAAAGGGGACGACAUUUUUAUUUUCUGACCUCGAUAUAAAAGAGGAGGGUUUUCUUGAAUAUUUGAAUAAUAUUUUGUCUUCGGGAGUCAUUUCUAAUUUGUUUAACAAAGAUGAACAGCAAGAAAUCGUUCAGGAAUUAAUGCCAGUAAUGAAACGUGAAAAUCAAAAGAAAACAGCAACUCCUGAAAGUGUUAUGGAAUAUUUCUUGCAAAGGGUGUGUCACAAUUUACAUGUUGUAUUUUGUUUCUCCCCCGUUGGGGAAACUUUCAGAACACGUGUUCAACGGUUUCCUGCGUUGGUUUCUGGUUGUACUAUUGAUUGGUUCGAACCAUGGCCGAAGGAAGCUCUUAUACUAGUUGCUGAACAUUUCUUAGAUGAUUUUGAAAUAGAGUGUUCUUCUGAAGUAAAAACAGAAUUGGUGGAAGCUUUAGGAACAAUACAAGAUAUAGUGGCGGAAACUUCAAAUGAUUACUUUCAAAGAUUCAGAAGAGCAACACAUGUUACACCGAAAUCUUACCUGAACUUCUUAUCUGCUUACAAAAACGUUUAUUUGUUAAAACAAAAAGAACUAGGCGAUGGCAUUGAAAAAAUGGAUACUGGCUUAGAAAAAUUGAGAGAAGCGUCAGUUUCAGUGGAAAUCCUUAAAAAAGAUUUAGUUGUAAUGGAGCAAGAUCUCGCAGAAGCAUCAAAAAAAGCUGAAGCAGUAUUAGUUGAAGUUACUGAAAGGGCAAUGCAAGCUGAAAUCGUUAAAAACCAAGUGCAAAUUGUUAAGGAAAAAGCGGAGGCUUUAGUAGCAUGUAUCGCAGAAGAAAAAGCUUUAGCGGAGGAAAAAUUGGAAGCAGCUAAACCAGCUUUAGAAGAGGCGGAGGCUGCUUUAAAUACAAUCAAACCAGCUCACAUAGCUACAGUGCGUAAAUUAGGUCGGCCACCCCAUUUAAUUAUGAGGAUAAUGGAUUGCGUAUUGAUAUUAUUCAAAAGAAAACUACAUCCAUGCAUACCAGAUGGUGGGGCUCCAUGUCCUAAACCUAGUUGGCAAGAGUCUUUAAAGAUGAUGGCGAGUACAACUUUUUUAUUACAACUUCAAAAUUAUCCUAAAGAUACUAUCAAUGAUGAGCUGAUUGAUUUACUUCAACCAUAUUUUAGAAUGGAGGAUUACAAUAUGGAAACAGCAAGGAGAGUUUGCGGUGAUGUUGCUGGGUUAUUAUCUUGGACCAAAGCUAUGGCAUUUUUCCAUGGUGUUAACAAAGAAGUACUGCCACUAAAAGCAAAUUUGGCUUUACAAGAAGCAAGGCUUAAAGUAGCUAUGGAAGAUUUGGCUGGUGCUGAAGAGCAACUACGUGAAAGAGAAGAAGCUUUGCAAGCAGUUAAAAAUCAAUAUGAUAAAGCUGUUGGAGAAAAACAACGAUUAACUGAUGCUGCUAAUGUUUGUUUAAGAAAAAUGACCGCAGCUACGGCUUUAAUUAAUGGAUUAGCAGAUGAGAGAACGCGUUGGACAAAUCAGAGUAAAGAAUUUAAAAUUCAGUUGGGAAAGCUUGUAGGAGAUAUUUUAUUGGCAACUGGUUUUCUCUCGUAUUGCGGUCCAUACAAUCAAGAGUUUCGAGAAAAUUUAUUAAAAAUUUGGAUGGCCCUUUUAAAAACUCGCAGAAUUCCCUAUACAAUUAAUUUGAACAUUAUUAGUUUUUUGACUGAUUCGGCAACAGUGUCAGAGUGGACUCUACAAGGAUUACCUAAUGAUGAGUUAUCUGUCCAAAAUGCUUUGAUUGUUACUAAAUCAAGCAGUUAUCCGUUACUUAUUGAUCCGCAAAGUCAGGGAAAAAUAUGGAUUAAGUGUAAAGAAGAUGACAAUGAACUGCAAAUCACUUCUUUGAACCACAAAUAUUUUAGAACACAUCUUGAAGAUUGUUUAUCUUUAGGUCGCCCAUUACUUAUUGAAGAUGUUGAUAUCGAAUUAGAUCCAGUUCUGGAUAAUGUUUUGGAAAAGAAUUUCAUUAAAUCUGGAAGCAUUGAGAAAGUUUUAGUUGGUGAUAAAGAAUGUGAUGUAAUGCCGGGUUUUAUGUUAUACAUAACCACUAAAUUACCGAAUCCCGCAUUUAGUCCUGAAAUAAGUGCGAAAACUUCUGUAAUUGAUUUUACAGUUACAAUGCGUGGGCUAGAAGAUCAACUUUUGGGGCGUGUUAUAUUGAUGGAAAAAGCUGAUUUAGAAGCUGAAAGAGUUGCAUUGUUUGAAACUGUAAUGCAAAAUCAAAGAAAUAUUAAGGAGUUGGAAGAAAAUUUACUGUAUCGCUUAAGUUCAUCACAGGGGUCGUUAGUAGAUGAUGAAGCAUUAAUAAAAGUUUUACAAACAACAAAAUCCACGGCUGAAGAAGUAAGCCAAAAACUAAUCGUUUCUGCUGUUACAGAAAAAAAAAUUAUGAAAGCUCGUGAGGAAUUUAGAGCAAUUGCAGCACGUGGAUCCAUUUUGUAUUUCUUGAUUGUUGAGAUGAGUAAUGUUAAUAUAAUGUAUCAAAACUCUUUGAAGCAAUUUUUAGUAAUUUUCAAUAACUCGAUUACGAAGUCGGCUAAAAGUGCUAUAACUGAAGAACGUAUCCAAAUUAUAUUGAGGUAUUUAACAUUUGAAGUUUGGCUUUUUGAAAAUCGUUCACUUUAUGAACGUCACAAGCAACUUUUUACACUAUUGUUAGGAAUUAAAAUAGAUUAUCACAAAGGCAUAAUAUCACAUGAGGAAUUUAUGUCAUUUAUAAAAGGCGGUGCAUCCCUAGAUUUGAAUGCCGUGAGACCAAAACCAUUUAGAUGGGUUUUAGACAUCACUUGGCUAAAUUUAGUCGAAAUAAGUUCACUUCAAAUAUUUAAUGAUCUAUUGGAAGUUAUAGAAGCAAAUGAAAAAGAUUGGCGUACUUGGUACGAAGCCGAUAAACCUGAAGCUGAAGAAAUACCAUGUGGAUAUCAAACUAGUUUGGAUUCAUUUAGAAAGCUUCUAUUAAUCAGAUCUUGGAGCCCGGACCGUACUAUUUCGCAAGCUAAGAAAUAUGUUGAAGAAUCGUUGGGUCCCGAAUACAGUGAAAUUCAAAUUCUGGAUUUGGAAACAACAUGGCAAGAAUCAGAACCACGCACACCAUUUAUCUGUUUACUCUCAAUUGGUUCAGAUCCGUCUACACAAAUUGCACAAUUAGCAAAACAAAAAGAAAUACCUCUAAAAUCUAUUUCAAUGGGUCAAGGACAAGAGUAUCAUGCACGUAAAUUAAUAAUGGAUUCCAUGGCAGGUGGUGGAUGGGUUUUAUUACAGAAUGUUCAUUUAUCAUUAUCAUUUUGCAAUGAAGUUAUUGACAUUAUUGUCGAAACUAGUCAUAUUGAAGACUCUUUCCGAUUAUGGUUAACUACAGAACCACAUGCAAACUUUCCGAUUGGUUUACUUCAGAUGGCGAUCAAAUUCACCAAUGAACCACCACAAGGUAUUCGAGCAUCAAUGAAAAGAAGUUAUCAGGCUUUCAGCCAAGACUUCUUGGAUUACACCUCAGCACCGCAAUGGCCUCCUUUAUUAUAUACAGUAGCAUUUUUGCAUACUAUAGUUCAGGAAAGAAGAAAAUUUGGUCCAUUAGGUUGGAAUAUACCAUAUGAAUUUAAUCACGCUGAUUUCGCUGCUAGUGUUCAAUUCAUUCAAAAUCAUUUGGACGAAAUGGAUCCGAAAAAAGGUGUUUCAUGGCAAACAAUUUGUUUUAUGCUGGGUGAAAUACAAUAUGGUGGUAGGGUUACAGAUGAUUUUGAUAAAAGAUUGUUAAUCACAUUCUGUGCAGUGUGGUUUAGUGAGUCAUUAUUAACCCAAAGCUUUGAAUUUUAUAAAGGAUAUAAGGUACCAAUUACAAGGAAUAUUAACGGUUAUGUUGAUUAUAUUAAUUCGUUACCUAUUAACGAUACGCCUGAAGUUUUUGGAUUACAUACGAAUGCCGAUAUCACAUAUCAAAUUAAUACAGCUAAAGGUAUUCUUGACACAAUUCUUAGUGUACAACCGAAAGAGGGUGGAAACACAGGUGGUGAAACACGUGAAAGCAUAGUAUAUCAACUGGCUGCAGAUAUGUUGCGUAAAUUACCACCACCUUAUAAUGCAUAUGAAGUAAGAGAAUCACUCAAUCGUAUGGGACCCUUACUACCAAUGAAUAUUUUCUUAAGGCAAGAAAUUGAUCGAAUGCAGCGGGUUAUUAAAGCGGUCAAAUCAUGUUUAUCAGAUUUACAAUUGGCAAUCGAUGGUACAAUAGUUAUGAGUCAGUCGUUAAGAGAAUCUUUAGAUGCCAUGUAUGAUGCAAGAAUACCAGAAAGAUGGAUGAAAAUUUCAUGGGAAUCAACAACUCUAGGCUUUUGGUACACAGAACUUUUGGAACGUAACACACAAUUUCGUACUUGGUGUUCAACUGAAAGACCAAAAGUUUUUUGGAUGACUGGAUUUUUCAAUCCUCAAGGAUUCUUAACAGCAAUGAGACAGGAAGUAACACGAGCACACAAAGGUUGGGCUCUAGAUUCAGUCGUGUUACAGAAUCAAAUAACCCGAUAUGUUAAAGAAGAUAUCACAGACUAUCCAACUGAAGGAGUCUACGUACAUGGAUUGUUUUUAGAAGGUGCUUCAUUGGAUCGAAAAAGUGGAAAAUUAGUUGAGUCAAGAGCGAAAGUUUUAUAUGAGCAAAUGCCAAUAAUUUAUAUUUAUGCAAUUAAUACAACAGCUGGCAAAGAUCCAAGAUUAUAUGAAUGCCCAAUAUAUAGAAAACCACAAAGAACAGAUGCCAAAUAUGUUGGUUCAAUUGAUUUUGAAACUGAUUUCAAUCCAAAACAUUGGACAAUGCGUGGUGUUGCAUUACUUUGUGAUAUUAAAUAAAUUAAAAAAGUCAAAAAUAAAUUAACUACAGAGAUGAAAGGAAAAUGGGCUGAAACAUUUAAUUUUUAUAUUAUCACUCAAUGAAAUUUUAAAUGUGACUGUGAUUAUUAUCAGAGUU